CUAUAGGGGGCGCUAGAUCCGAAAGCUUAAGCUACGCGGAGCGGUUCUUGUUUCAGAAGAAGAAGCCGAUCUGGAGCAUCUCCAUCUUCUAGGACAACAUCCACCGUCUGGUCGGACUCGGGAGGAACAAACACUGCCAUGGGGGCUGUUCUGGGACUGUGUUCCAUGGCCAGUUGGAUCCCGUGCCUGUGCGGCAGCGCCCCCUGUCUGCUGUGCCGCUGCUGCCCCAGCGGAAACAACUCCACGGUGACUCGGCUCAUCUACGCCUGCUUCCUGCUGCUGGGAGUGGCCCUGGCCUGCAUCAUGCUGAUGCCUGGGAUGGAGGGCCAGCUGAAGAAGAUUCCAGGCUUCUGUGAAGGUGGGAUGGGUUCCUCCAUCCCUGGCGUGGAGGGCCAUGUGAACUGUGACGUGCUGGUCGGCUACAAGGCCGUGUACAGGGUGUGCUUUGGUAUGGCCAUGUUCUUCCUCCUGUUCUCUCUGAUCAUGAUCAAAGUCAAGAGCAGCCAGGACCCUCGAGCCGCUCUGCAUAACGGGUUCUGGUUCUUCAAGUUCGCUGCUGCUGCUGCCAUCACCAUCGGAUCGUUCUUCAUUUCAGAGGGACCUUUCACUACCGUUUGGUUCUAUGUUGGGAUGGCUGGAGCCUUCUGCUUCAUCCUCAUCCAGCUGGUGUUGCUCAUCGACUUUGCUCACUCCUGGAACGAGUCCUGGGUGGAGAAGAUGGAGGAGGGAAACUCGCGCUGCUGGUAUGCAGCUCUGCUGUCCGUCACCACGCUCAACUACGUGCUGUCCCUGGUGUCUCUGAUCAUGUUCUACGUCUACUACACCCACUCUGAUGGCUGCACGGAGAACAAGGUCUUCAUCAGCAUCAACCUGCUCCUCUGCACGGCCGCCUCUGUCCUCUCCAUCCUGCCACAGAUUCAGGAGUCCCAGCCCCGCUCCGGCCUGCUGCAGUCCUCCCUGGUGACCCUUUACACCAUGUACCUGACCUGGUCGGCCAUGACUAACGAGCCAGACAGGAAGUGUAACCCGAGCCUUCUGGGUAUCAUCGGGCUGAACAGCACCAGACCUGCUGAUCCAGAACAUGUGGUUCAGUGGUGGGAUGCUCAAGGAAUUGUGGGAUUGAUUCUCUUCCUCAUGUGUGUCCUGUACUCCAGCAUCCGUAACUCGUCCAACACGCAGGUGAACAAGCUGACCCUGACCAGCGACGAGUCCGCUCUGAUCGAGGACGGACCUCCGACCGAGAGCUUUGAGGAGGACGGCGGUCUGAACCGAGCGGUGGACAACGAGAAGGACGGCGUCACCUACUCCUACUCGUUUUUCCACUUCAUGCUGUUCCUGGCUUCUCUCUACAUCAUGAUGACUCUCACCAACUGGUACAGCCCUGACUCCACCUACCAGUCCAUGACCAGCAAGUGGCCGUCUGUGUGGGUGAAGAUCUCCUCCAGCUGGAUCUGCAUCGGCCUCUACGUCUGGACCCUCGUGGCUCCUCUGGUUCUGGUCAACAGAGACUUUGACUGAAGCGCCUCGUCUGUGUGUUCCAUCACAGCUGAUGGCAUCUAGCUAGCGUCGGUUACUGUAGCUGUGUUUGUGUGUGUGUGUGUGUGUGUGUGUGUGUGUGUGUGUGUGUGUGUGUGUGUGUGUGUGUGUGUGUGUGUGUGUGUGUGUGUGUGUGUGUGUGUGUGUGUGUGUGUGUGUGUGUGUGUUGGAUGGCCGUAGGUGACUCAUAAAAAACCAGAAUGCAUGUUUUAGUUUCCCGUCGUCGCUAACCCGCCGUCCUGCUCUUCUGCUUCUUUGUGCUCAUAAGCUGUAAAUAUCUGGUGAAUGUUUUAUUUACUCGUAUCUUGGGAACGUGCAUGCCCCCCGCCUGACUGGCAGGUAGCAGUAGCUCUUAUUUGAAGCUUGACGUUGCUGUGGAAACGCUGUUUGUGCAACAGAAGCUUUUAUUGUGAAACUCUGGCCCUCGGCAGUGUUGUGCUGUUUCUGUCUCCUCUUCUUUAGACCCUCACCUCAACAAGAGUUUCUCUGCUUUAACAUUUCCUUCGUGUGAACAUUAAACAUGGCGGAAGGCUCUGUGGAGAUGUUGCUUUGUAGAUUUUAGCCUAAACGCAUCAGACGUGUUUGCUUUUUGACCAAAAUGUGCUAAUUUAAAUAAAGAAGUGAGAAAACA